GUCCUGCUGCUGCAAAUUAAUUGUGCACUGAGACUGAUAGUUUGAUUUUAGGCAUGGCAUUUAUAUCUACACUUGUUGUAGCAUCUUUAGUCAGUUGUGCUAGUUACAUUGCAUCUCCAGUAAAGAACAUAUUGGGACGGUUUGUGUGUGGGGGCGAAAAGGCAGAAGAAAAGCGUCUCUUGUCAGAAAUUUCGUCCCUGAAACGAAGUCUCCAAAGCAUUAGCAUGACCGACCAAUUUCCUGACUGGGCAAAACUGCAAAGGCAAAUAAAUGCUGUCACUCAAAAAUAUCAAGCAAUAGCAUCUCAACGGUACAAGCAGGAACAGAUGAUACGUAGAGUGUGCAGUGUGCUGGUGGAUGUUGUCGUGCUCUUGUUCACGCUGUGGUACGUCUGGUACAGUCGUGGCUCUGCCGUCGCCGCCCUUCCCGCCCACCUGCUAACGCCCCUCGAAAAUGUGCUCGCAAUGCCUGCUUGUGAGCCCGGCCAGAUCUCAGUGAUGGUUUGGAUGGCGUGUGUGAGGUCGCUGGUGUCACGCGUUGCUGUUUGUUUCUCAACGAAGGCUGCUACCGCUGCCGCUACUUGAUCACAAGCAAGAGAAAGGAAGUUUAUUUAACUCCAUAAUUGAUAUUAAUUAAUUUAUUUGUUUCUCAACGAAGGCUGCUACUGCCGCCGCUACGGGACCGCAAGCAAGAGAAAUUAAAUUUAUUUAACUCCAUAAUUGAUAUUAAUUAAUUUAUUUGUUUCUCAACGAAGGCUGCUACUGACGCCGCUACUUGACCGCAAGCAAGGGAAAAUUAAUUUUAUUUAACUCCAUAAUUGGUAUUUAUUAAUUUAAAUCAGUAAUAAACUACCAACUUUUGCUGUUCUUGUAUCACGUUACCACUUGCCUUAAUUGCUUUUUAUUCGUAAAAUUAAAUUUU